ACUCCUCCGCCUCCUCCUCCGCCUCCUCCACAUCCUCCUCCUCCUCGUCCAGCGCCUCCGCCGUUGCCAAGCAGCUAGCACGCUCCGCGGCCGCCAGCAGCAUCAUGGACAUGCCGUACAACACCUCGCCGUCGCUACGCGUGCGCACCACCUCGCUGAAUCAGCUGAAGAAGACAGCCGAUCUGGCCAUUGAGAAUGAGCUCCAUGUCUGCCCGUCGGUGAUGUCCGAGGAGCUGCGCAAGUUGCUCCCGCCCACCUCGGAAACGGUGAUGACCAAACCCUUUCCCAUCCGCGGUGAACGAACCAUCGCCGACUGCACCACACCGCAUGUGAUCGCCAUGGUUGGACUGCCGGCACGCGGCAAGACCUUCAUCUCCAAGAAGCUGGCGCGUUACCUCAAUUGGAUCGGGAUCGCGACGCGUGUAUUCAAUUUGGGAGAGUACAGGCGUCAUGCGACCACCGCCUACAAGUCACACGAGUUCUUUCGCGCCGACAACGAGGAGGCGAUGGCCAUCCGCAACCGGUGCGCCAAUCAGGCCCUCCACGAUUCCUGCGAGUGGCUGCUCAGCGGUCAGGGCAGCAUUGCCGUUUUCGAUGCCACCAAUUCCACUCGCGAUCGUCGUCAGUUAAUCCAUGAUAUUGUGGUUAAACAGCACGGCUUUCGCCUGUUCUUUGUGGAGUCCAUUUGCGAUGAUCCCGGCAUUAUUGAGCAGAACAUACUGGAGGUUAAGGUCAGUUCACCGGAUUACCUCAAUAUGAACACCGAACUGGUGGUGCGGGACUUUCUGCAGCGCAUCGAGCACUACGAGGAGCGGUAUCAGCCCAUCGACGAGGUCACCGAGUCGCAUCUCAGCUUCAUGAAGGUCUACAAUGCCGGCAAGAAGGUGGUGGUCUACAACAACGAGGGUCAUGUCGAAUCGCGGAUUGUCUACUACCUGAUGAACAUUCACAUAACGCCGCGAACUAUCUAUUUAACCCGCCAUGGCGAAAGCGAGUACAAUCUGAGUGGUUUGAUUGGAGGGGAUUCGAACCUCAGCGCCCGUGGUCAUCAGUAUGCCAAUGCCCUGUCCACAUUCAUCGCGCAGCAACAGAUCGAUGGGCUGCGUGUUUGGACCUCCUGGAUGAAGCGAGCCAUCCAGACGGUGGCCGAUGUCAAGGCGCCGCAGGAACGCUGGAAGGCCCUGAACGAAAUCGAUGCCGGCCACUGUGAGGAGAUGACGUACGAGCAGAUCAAGGAGAAGUUCCCCGAGGAGUUUAAGGCGCGGGAUGUGAACAAGUUUGCCUAUCGCUAUCCGCGUGGCGAGAGCUACGAGGAUCUGGUGGCGCGACUAGAGCCAGUGAUUAUGGAGCUAGAGCGACAGGGCAAUGUGCUGGUCGUUUCCCAUCAGGCUGUGCUGCGUUGCCUGUUUGCCUACUUCCUGGACAAGUCGGCCGAUGAGUUGCCCUAUUUGUACGUGCCACUGCACACGGUCAUCAAACUGACGCCAGUGGCCUACGGCUGCAAGGUGGAGCACAUUAAGCUGCCCAUCGAUGCGGUGGACACGCAUCGACCGAAGCCCAAGAUACCCGGAGAUGUCAGUGAGCCCGGACUAGACGGACUGAGUGGCGAGCUGGUGGCUCCCGAUGGCGUCGGCAAGGUGCUCAUUGUGGGCGACGAUGUGGCGACGGCCACGAACGGCAAUGGCGGGCGCCAAUGACGACGACGCCUCGUGAUUCAUCCACGGCACCCGCAUCAACCACCCCAGAAAUCCAAGACAAUCUAGAAAAGGCACGGCUGCUGGCUCAAGCUGAACCUGAACCUGCACCUGAAUCCCACUCUUAACCCCCCGAAUCCCGCACUAAUUCUUAACCAAUCGCAUCCCAAGAACAGCCCACGAAACACGGACAAAGCUGCUACGAGGAUGAGGUACUUAAUGUGGCAUCAUCGGAGGACUGCAUAUGAAAUUGUGAUUGAUCCAUUGCGCUGUUUUAUUAUGUACUUUAAUGAACAAUUAAAUAUUUUCAAAAUGUUUUA